CGUACUUCCGUUCAACCUUGGAGACAACCAAUCAAGUCGACUCCCUGCUACGCUAGCUCAGCACUGGCAAAACAACAGCCCGUCGUCAGUUUCGAUCUUUUUUUCUGUAACCUCGCCACCGACAUUACAAACAAAAUGUUAUAUUAAUCAAAUAUCUUGUUGGUGGUUGACAAGAGGUUUGUUGCGGCGGCGGUCUUAACUGAAGUCAGAGCUAAUUGGAGCUUCUGACGCGCCGUUAGCUACUAGCUAGCCGUAGCUAAUAUCUGCUAUCUUGCGAAGGAAGAUGGGGUCUAUUCUGAGUCGCAGGAUCGCUGGUGUUGAAGACAUCGAUAUUCAAGCUAAUUCAGCCUAUCGGUUUCCUCCGAAAUCUGGGAAUUACUUUGCAAGUCACUUCUUCAUGGGAGGGGAGAAGUUUGACACACCACAUCCAGAGGGAUACCUCUUUGGGGAAAACAUGGACCUGAAUUUUCUUGGAAAUAGGCCAGUGCAGUUUCCAUAUGUGACGCCCGCUCCCCAUGAACCAGUGAAAACCCUGAGGAGUUUGGUGAAUAUUCGGAAGGACUCUCUGCGUUUAGUCAGAUACAAAGAUGACUCUGACACUUUGGUGGAAGACGGGGGAAAACCAAAGGUUCAAUACGGAGUGGAGUUCACCUUUGAUGCUGACGCUCGGGUCGCCAUCACCCUCUUCUGUCAGGCCUUUGAGGAGUUCUCCAAUGGCAUGCCUGUGUACACUCCAAAAGAUCCAUCCCUGGUUUCUGAAACGGUGCAUUACAAGCGGGGCGUGAACCAGCAGUUCUCCAUGCCAUCUUUCAAAAUAGAUUUCAGCGAGUGGAAAGAGGAAGAUCUGAACUUUGACCUGGACAGAGGAGUGUUUCCCAUGGUUAUCCAGGCGGUGGUUGAUGAAGGAGACGAUUGUCUGGGACACGCUCACGUACUUUUGGCAGCCUUUGAAAGGCAUGUUGAUGGAAGUUUUUCUGUCAAGCCACUGAAGCAGAAGCAGAUUGUGGACCGUGUGAGCUACCUCUUGCAGGAAAUCUAUGGGAUUGAGAACAAGAACAACCAAGAAACCAAGCCAUCUGAUGAUGAGAACAGUGACAACAGCAACGAGUGUGUUGUAUGUUUGUCGGACUUGCGAGACACACUCAUCCUUCCCUGCAGACACCUGUGUCUGUGCAACUCCUGUGCAGACACUCUGCGUUACCAGGCCAACAACUGUCCCAUCUGCAGGCUGCCUUUUAGGGCCUUGCUGCAGAUCAGAGCUGUGAGGAAAAAGCCUGGAGCUCUUUCUCCGGUGUCUUUCAGUCCUGUUCUGGCUCAAACUAUGGACCAUGACGAGCACUCGAGCUCAGACUCUGUUCCUCCUGGUUUUGAACCCAUCUCUCUAUUGGAGGCUCUGAACGGUCUGCGGUCCGUGUCUCCUGCCAUCCCUUCUGCUCCGCUGUACGACGAAAUCAACUUCUCCGAAGGGCUGGGAGGAGAUAGUCGACCGCUUAGCUCCCCAGAACAUUUGAGUGACGGAAGUUUGCAGAAAGGCAAAGUCAGCAAGUCACCUGACAGCACCCUUCGAUCACCUUCUUCUCCCAUCCAGGAGGAGGAUGAGGAGAAGCUGUCGGAGAUGUCGGACGCUCAGCCGCACACCCUUCUCUCCAGCAGCCCCGCCCCCACAGACGCCACGGCAACGGAGGACGCGGCGGAGUCGCUUUCUCCAGACGACGAGGACAGGAUGCAUUCUGGGGGAGACAUCCUGCAGGACUGCAGCAGCGAGCGCUGCGUCUUGACCAAAGCAGAGAGCGACCCGGCGGGCGAUCUGUCUCUUCCUGCUCUAGGUCCCGAUUCCUGCUCUAUUGGUAUGGAGGAAUAACUGGGUCGUCAGAGUCGACAGAAAGCCUGAAAAGUCAGAGCACAAACUGCUCCAGCCAGCCUCUUCUGUGUCCCACCAUGAGCCUUCAUAUGGAAGACGAACACCUGAACCCCUAACGGGAACCCACUCAUUCCUCCCACUUAACAUUUCCUCCCUCUGAUUGAUCUUAUUGGAUGAGAACAGAAAAGAAGAGGAAGUUUUUCUGGAUUUUGGAGGACAGUCUUAUUGAUUUAUUUCAGAGUUCAUGUCGAAAGACUGUGAAGAUACUUUGGUAGUCGGACUGAGAACGAUGUGUUUUCUUAAGAUUUCAUCAACUUCUUCUUCUGUAUUCGUUUGCCUCAGUCAGUCGGUCCGUCAGACGGCUGUCUCCUAAUUCCACUACCUUACACGGUGGUGCUUUUAAGCACACUUACUUUACAUUUCCUUAUACGUUUCUUGACACUAAAAGCAAAAUAACUUAUAAAUGCAGUUUGUGGUUAAAUAUUGUAUCCUGUAGUGAAACAAGUAUAAGUUAAAGGCCUUUUUUAGCUCUUAUUAGCUAAAAAAAACACCUUUUGAGUUAGUUUUGAACAUUAUUGUUAAAUCAUUCCUUUUAACACGUAUGUAUGAUGAAAUUCUGUGCAGUUCUUUGCUGUUUUAAACAUUGUCCGUUUAACCAUUUCAAAUGAUGUAAGAUAUUUACCAGAACUACCCUGUGCUUUUACGAAAUGUAUACUUGCAAAAUAUGUAGGAAAAAACUAGUAAUGAAGUAACUAUAACUUUGCAGAUUAUUUCAGAUUUUUAUGACCAUUCUAACAGCUGAAAUCAAAGAUCGCUGAAGCCUGAAACCAGCUUCUAGAUGCUUCUCAAAAGCAGCACAGCGAGCGAGUUUGUCCAGUUUUUUUCAUUUUUUUUUUGUUGCAGGAACAGCUGUUAGCUUACAACGUAGCUGUAAAGUUGGGGGUCGCAUUCGUAUGGGCACAGCAGCUUUAUCUAGUUUGGUCUUUUAUGUGUAGCACCUGCAUAUAGAUCCAUGUGCCUUGAAAUAAUAUGGCUGCCUGCUCGUUGCAACGGGCAUUAGUGUUCUUACAAAAGCCCAUAAACGGCUUCUGACGCCCAUGUACAGAGCUUUUUUUUGUUUUGUUUUUUUUGUAAUGCCGUCGCUACAACGACUUAAAAGUGAUGCAUUUAAUGUCAGUAUCUAGGUUCAGGUGCAAUCUUGUAAUGUUUGUGUUACUGAAAGAAAGCUGCAGAGUUUGUAUCGAACGGGCUUGCGAAUGCUUUGCUUGUGAGUUGAGACCUCCCCCUCUCUGCUUUUAAAUACUGCUGCUUUUCUUUGUCUUUUUUCCCCCCGCGCCUCCUUUUCUGUGCCAUUUCAACUCGACACUGUGCCUUCCUGUUCUGACCACUGUCGACCUGGUAUCCAGGAUAACUCCUCAGUAGGUGGUGUCCUUCUCGCCGUCUCUCUGUGUAUAGAAGCAUGUGUAUAACAAUAAAGAAACAUUCAUUAUCCCAA